UGAUUGUUGGCCACAUCGCGUGGUCCUCGAUGGUCCGUCGUAAAGCCUCGGCCAUCCUGAAUGCGCGUUACGCGUUCAUUGAGACGGCAAAGGAUAUGGUGACCCCCCUCUGGCCUCAGGUGGCGUUAGAGCUUCGUAGGAUUGUUGCUAUUCUCCCUCUCUUCACGACGGAUAUGUGGGCAGGGUGGCAUCCGCAGAUCUGUGCCUCGGACGCUUCAGAGUUCGGUCUUGGAGUUUGCCAUCGUUCACUUUCUGAAGACCAGGUUGCAGAGAUUGGCCGAGUAAGCGAGAGAGUGAGAUAUCGUGUGGAGGGCGCGGAGAAGGCUCGCCUCAAUGCGCUUCGGGAGUCUGGGGACUUCGAGGACUCUCGGGACGUCGUCUACGCGGAGGCUGCCGCCUGCCCGCCGGACUACCUGCCCCUUGGGUUCAUGGACUUGGACCCCCUGCUCUUCGAGGAGAUCCCCGCGGACCUCAUGAGGCCCCAGGAUUGGAAGGAUGUCUUGGCCGUUCGGGUGGGCUACGACGCCGAUAUCAUGCAGUUAGAGGGUGAGGCCCUCGUGUUGGCCUACAAGCACAUUCUGCGCGCUGGUGCUGCCGUGGGGCGGCGAGUGGUUGCCCUCGUCGAUAACAUGUGCCUGGCGUUGGCUUGCUGCAAGGGCCGAGCGAAAUCAGUUCACCUCCAGUCAGUCAUGUUGAAGCUGGCCUCGGCGAUGCCGCGGGCCGCGCCUGGGAGGGCAAAUGAGCGGGCCAGGGCACAGCGCGAGACGCGCGUUGCCGCCGCCCAGCGCCUGACCGCGGAGCGGGGGCCUUUGGGGCCCCUCACGGUUCUCGAGCAGAUUGCGAUCCGCCCAGUGACGGAGGCCCUCUACAAGAAAACUGCGGCGGCCUUCCUGGAGUUUUGCACCGAGCGGGGCCUGGGCUGGCACAACGUCGAGGAGAUGGAUGUGAUCCUAGCCCAAUACAUGGACGAUUGCUUUCACCGCGGCGCGUCGUCCGACCACGGCGCGCAGCUGCUGGCCAGCCUCGCGCAUCUCUACCCCAGCUUGCGGGGGCAGUGGAAGUUGCAGUGGCCGAGGGCUGCCCGCGCCUCGAUCUCGUGGAAGCGGGGGGUGCCUGCGGGGGCCCGGCUGCCAUUGCCGAAGGCGGUUGCCAUGGCCGUGUGCCUGCUGCUGGUGGAGGCGGGCGCGCCCUGGAUGGCGGUCUUGGUCGCGCUGUCGUUCGUCGCCUACCUGAGGCCCGGCGGGGCGUUCAAGUUGAAGGGCCGCAACCUCAUCCCACCCUCGCCUGCGGCGGGGGCACCAUAUCGACAUUGGGGACUACUGCUUCGCGACGUGGGAUCGCUGAUUCCCGGGAAGACGGGUCUCCACGACGAGAGUGUGUUGAUCGACAUGGGCCCGUGGUUGGUGCCGGCCCUGGAGUGCCUCCGAUCGACGACGAACGCCGACGCCUGCCUGUGGUCGUUCGCGGUCUCGGACCACUUGUGCUGCCUCCGCCGCGGGGGCGCGUCGGACGACUUGCUCAGUCGCGGAAGGGGCGCGUUCCAGGUGCAGCUUCGAGGCAGGUGGGCAUCCGUGAAGAGUUUGAAGCGGUGCGGCAAGGAGACAAAGCUGUUGUCGGAGAUCAGCUCGGUGCACGGCGACGUGUUUCGUCUCGGACAUCUCAUGUUGGAACAUUUCUGGACGGUGGUCAUGGCAGGCGGGGCCCUGGAG